AUGGCUACUUUACCAGGAACAGUGCCUCGAAUGAUGCGCCCUGCGCCAGGCCAGAACUACCCCCGCACGGGAUUCCCUCUGGAAGGUACGGCAUCUUUUUAACUUGGAAAAUCUUUCUCGAGAGUUGCAACAAAAACUAACUCAUCAGUUUAGAGGGAGGUUACAGCUCAUCUUUGUGAAAGAUUGGGAAAUAUUAUGCAAUUGUGUUUUUGAUUUGUUGUAGCUCAUCUUUGUUAAAUAUUAGACAAUUGUGUUUUCUAUUUGUCUAUUGCUUUAUGUCUAGGCUACUAUACAGGGAAAACAUUGCUUGACAGGCCUAGAUGUUGAUUGUAGAAGUAUAGGCCUACUUUAAAUUGAUUAUUUAUAAUGUUUGUUAUGUUUGCCUAUGUCAUUGACAAUAUGGGUGAUCAAAAUGUACUUAAUAGAAUGUUGAAUGCGUAAUAGGCCUAUCCUCCUGAUUGAUUGGUGAGCUUUUUAUGCAAUUAAAAACGUACUAAACCAAUGGCGACAUGGUUGCUAAGAUAACUUAAUCAGUCAAAUUAUAAACCCUGCGAGGAAAUAAACAAAUAUCUUAGCAAAUGCGCGGAAAAAUACAAAUUUCUAUUUGCAUGUAGGCCUAUUUAUGGGAAUCGUUCCCAAUCACAGCCAGUUCGUGCGCCCGAGCUUUUAACGAAAAUGCACAAAACCAUGUAGCUUGCAAGUGACUAAAGCUCCAGGAUUUGUUGAAGUAUCCUGCUGCUGCAAAUGGAAACCAAAUACACAGCAAAGAGAUAGCUCAAAGGAUCACAUCAAUAUUUGUACAGCAUGACUAGAAAUAAUCAAGGUGGAAAGUGCCACACUCUUUAGUGCCUCUUGAAUACGAAAUUGGAUCCUCAAGUGCUCUGUGGCACUAAUGAUACAUCCUGCCAGCCAGGCUGACUGGGAAUGAGUGUGGCAGGGUUCUCUACUAAGAAUGGAUGGGCUGUGGGAUAUGUUUGGAAUGUGCCUAUAUUAUAGUUUAGUAUAAUAAACCUUUGCUGCUAUCAGCUCUCACAGUCUAAUGUCAGAAUUAGACGUUCAUCCAUUCGACACAUCCAUAUAAUUAUUAUUACUGUAUUAUUAUCACGGUUGUGAUGACGAUAAUGCUAAUUAAUAUUAUUAUUAUAGGCGUAUGUGAAUAUAUGAUAAUGGAAUUUGGGCCUACAAUUGAUAGUGAAGAACUACAGGCCUAGGCCUACUCAUUCUGUAUUGAAUUAUUAUCUAUGUGAAAUAACUCUCACGAUAUCAAUUAAUUUAAAGUUGGCCUAUAUAGUACCAAACGAAUUUCACAUCAACAUAUUUAAUUGUUUAUCCUUAACCUAAUGUCACAUUGCCCUCUUUGUCACUGCAUUGUUGUCUAACUUGAUCUCUUGCGCAUUAAACUUUAACAAUUACAAUAUCAUCAGGACAAUAUACAGGACCUGAAUAUGUUUAUUGUGGAACAGUAUCAACCCCCCUGGGCCAAGGUCGGGUGAACCAGCUCGGUGGAGUGUUCAUCAACGGGAGGCCGCUGCCAAAUCAUAUCCGACACAAGAUAGUAGAGAUGGCCCACCACGGCAUCCGACCCUGCGUAAUCUCGCGACAGCUACGAGUUUCCCAUGGUUGUGUCUCCAAAAUCCUCUGUCGGUACCAGGAGACCGGUUCGAUUCGUCCCGGGGCAAUAGGAGGCAGCAAGCCUAGGGUGAGUGGAGGACUAUAGUUUCUACAUUAUUUCACAAACUUCAGAUAGCCUACCCAUUGACCUGCCGUGUCAGAUUAUAAAUUAUUCUUCUUCUUCUUCUUCUUCUUCUUCUUCUUCUUCUUCUUCUUCUUCUUAGUUAUCAUGUCACGUGCAUUUUACGCACCUUCAUGCAUGCAUGAUGCAACAAUUUCCACAUACAUACAUUACGAGUUAUAGCCUAUAAAUUAUGACUGUUGCAUGGAGUGAAAUACAUGCAGUUUUGUGUGUGUUUGAUUUGUGAGGUAGCCUAUGAAGACAUGAACCAUACAUCUGAAAAACAAAAAAGUCACUAGGGCUUCAAUCAGGAAGUGGAGUAGCCUAGGCUAUAGGGUCAUGGCUAGAAGGUAUCCAGCUUUUGUCGAAUUAACGUCAGAUUUGACUUUUCGUAGCAGGUUAGGAAAACUUACGCAGCAGGUUAGGAUAAUUAACUUAGCAGGUUAGGAUAAUUGGGUUAAGGUUAGGAAUGGUUAGCUAAAAUGCACACAAAAAUCUACUUUUGACGUUAAUUUGACAAAAGAUGGAUGGAUCCCUUCUAGCCGUGACUAGGCUAUAGGCCUUGACAUGUUGAAGGAAGGCAUGCGCCUACAUUUCAAACUCCCCCUCAGGGAAACGCGUAGGCUAUGUUAGGCUAUGUGUAUUUGUAUAUACAUUACAAUAUCAUGUUCUUCGUGUGAAUUAAAAGUUGUUUCGACUUUCCUCUCUCUGUGUCUGGUCGUUGCACAUUGUAAAACCCACAGCAGGUAUCAACUCCGGACGUGGAGAAGCGGAUUGAGGAAUACAAGCGAGAAAACCCCGGGAUGUUCAGUUGGGAGAUCCGGGACAAGCUGCUGAAGGACGGGGUGUGUGACAGAAGCACUGUUCCUUCAGGUGAGGCUUCUGGUAAGCAACUUUUCGUUCUUAUGGUGAUUACUGUAAGGGUAUGAGAUAUGACCCCAUCCGUAGUCUGGUAUGCACACGUUUGGUGUGCAGUUUUCACGUAUUUUACUUAUAUUUUUGUAACUUCAUUAUUUUUUACCUUGUCUUUACAUGAGCUGAUGAGCAUAUAAAUAUGAGGAAAUAUACCAUUCAUUUGCUACACAAAGUACCGUAGGCCUUUUUUUUUGUAAUCCAAGGCCUAUUUCGUUUUCUCUCAGUGAGCUCCAUCAGCCGAGUUCUUAGGGCCCGAUUCGGCAAGAAAGAUGACGACGACGAUUGUGAUAAGAAGGAUGAAGACGGGGAAAAGAAAACAAAGCAUAGCAUCGAUGGCAUUCUCGGUGAUAAAGGUAGGCCAACAAAGAAAAACAUUGUGACUAAAUCGUGUCAUUCUUAUUUAUUUUACUAAACAAUAAAACGUUAGGCGUACUUUUAUCCUAUACACACACUUCCACGAUAAUGCUCUAUUAGGCCCAUGCUUAUUCCAAUAGCAACAUAAUCAACAUCAUCAUCAUCAUCAACAACUAUUAUUAUUAUUAUUAUUAUUAUUAUUAUUAUCGUUAUCGCUAUUGUUAUUGUUAUUACAUUUUAGUAGGCCUACACCCUAUUCAUAUUAGGUCUAUAUAAUUAAUAAUCAUUAUAAUCAUUAUUAUUUGGAGGUGAAGCUACAGUUGUUUUUUAAAUAAUUGUAUCAUUUUCAAUUAGGUCAACAAUUUAUUUAAAUUAAUUUUUCUAUAGGCUAUAUCUCUUGGGAAAUUCUUACACUUUUAUGGUAAAUCGGAAGAUCCUCUCGCAGAUUGGUGCAUUCAUUCCUGCUUUGAAGUCACAGCCAGUCAUUACUCAAUUACUCAAUUAUUUAUGUGAGCCCUGACGGAAGGUAGCCUAUUUAGCUCCAGAAAAUGUAUUUGUGUAACAAAUUCCUCUCGCGCUCUUUUAACGCUCUUACUAACCGACAGCUGACAGUUGACCCGUUUGACAAUCAAUGUCAGUUUAGAGGCACUACAUCACUUGUCAGUUGAACUGAGACGAUGAGGGCAUCUUCUCUGCAGCCAUAUCCCUGUAAUACUAAUGGCAAUUAUGUUAAUGCUUGCACACAUUAACUAGUUGGUAACAAACGUUUUUGAAACAAAUUAUUAACAUUUCAAAAUAACAACGCUUAUUGUGAAUAUUUACAUUUUUAAUAUUAUAGGUAAUCGGAAUACACUACAUUAUUUAUUUAGCUAGUAUUUUAAGAUAACUCAGAUUCAUUGUUAAUUCAUAUUUUUGUAUAGCCUAAGCCUAUAUGAAACAUGUCAUUCAGUUGGUUGGUUCGUGCUAUUGUGCCACUUGUCAGUGCGCUCUCUGUCAUUGGAUAUAGAGGGAGAGAGAAAAUCACAGUGCUUAUACAAACCUGUCCUGAAAGAGACAAAGGUCGCCCUUUAAGAAGAUCAAACAUAAUUGAAUAGGGUUUAGAUAAGAGUUCACAAAAAGCUUUUCCCAAUAAAAAACACUGCCAAACUUCUUCGAACUUGAAAAUGAACUUCAGUCGCAAAACCUCUCUCCAAUUACGCUUUUCUAAAGUGAAGAUUCCAAAGUAGGUCUACAAAGGCAAAUCCUAGAAAGCAGGACAGCGAAAAGGGGAAUGGUCCGGUCCAUUCUCAUUCGAAACCCCGCAAAUAGAGAAAGAAAAUAGUUUGGACAAAGGGCAAGGGUACAUAUAAAGGGAAAUUAAUUAUUCAGUAUACCCCGCUGGUAGAUAGUUUUGUAAUAUUACGGAAUAGUCUGUUGGAGGAGAAUAGCCAACGCAUUUCAUGGUGCAAAACGGUGCUUUCUUUUUUUAAAUGGUUUGUGUCCAUUUAUCCAUUUAGAGGUCGGAUCAUUGUGUUUCUUAGCUGCAUGGUGUAAUUUUGGUCGUUUCAGUUUGUAAACAGAUAGCCUUUGGCUAUAGUCACUUCAGUCAAAAUGACCCAUUGGUAGAGCCAGUAACAUUUCGGUUUCUGAUUUCAAAGGGAUUUUAUCAUGUUCCAUUCCAAGGUGAACUUGUUGCCGAAUGUUUAACUGCAAUUUUAUCUAAUUGCUUUGCUAUUUUUUCUGAUGAUGAUGGUCGUUCUUAUUCGAUGCUCAACACACGAAUAGAAAACAGACGUCCCGUUUGUUUACAUCGAAAUAUUUGGUCGGCCCAUGCCCUGCAUUCUGAGAUAUGAAUUUGCUUGCAACAGUGUCACAGCAGAAUGUUGGAAACCUCACUAAUGAAAGCGACAGAUCUUUCCUCGUGAACUCAGAACACACCACAUUUGCUUUUUAAUUCUUAAUAAGAUUUGUAUUUGUCCGGAUGGCAUUUAAUAACGUUAAGACUUAUUAGAGCAAGUAAUGGAAACGUGUCUUUUGAAUAGGCGGCUGUGUUCGAGUGGGGUGUAAUAGCUUGCAGGCAUGGUAAGAAAUGUAUUUAUCCCCAAUCAGCCCCUCACUCUCUGAGUUGGAAGCACAAACGUUAUGUUGAAGGGUUUUAAAGCAGAUUAAAUUGAGUAUUUUAUUUAUUUUCACUUUCAUCUCUGAGCGGGGCUCACAGUGGCUCGCCCUGGUGACACAUUUACGAGAUUUCUGGUUUACUUCAGAGCUCUCUAGAUUUAUUUAAUGUAUUUAUUUGUGUAUUUAUUCAUAGGCUAUAUUUGAGUGUUGCAUCACAGAUUUAUCUUCUGUGUAAUCCGAAAUGAUAAAACAGGUAGGCUAUUUUCAAUGUAUAAUUUCAAGCAAGUUGCAAUAGGCUAAGGCUAAAUAGGGGUAGUUUAAUGGAGAUAGAUCACCAUGGUUUGUGGAGAUGAUAUAUAAGAUUAUAUACAAGAGUAUAUAGAAAGCUAUACUUACACUGUUUUGGGUGGUAUCCCUAAACACGUGUUUAUAAAUGGAACGCAGCCUUAACCUAUCUCAUUUUGAUAAGAAUAUCCAUCCAUAUAUCCUUUCCACAAUUAAAGAGCAUCCACCUGCCAUCCUCAAUAACGUGAUAGUGAUAGUGAUGUGCUGCGAUGACCCUGACAAGUUGAAUUAGGCGACCAACGGGGUAAAGGGGUUAGACAAAACGCCACACGUGCAUGUUCUCAAUCCUGGAGAAGGUAUAUUGUUUGUGCAUGACUGGUCAGAACGCCAGGGAAAGAAUGAAUCCGUCCAUUUAAAAGGCACCAUCUAUAAUAACUAAACCAACAAACUGUCCUCUGUAGCCUGCAUGAAUUGGCGAGGUGGAGGCAAGGGACACUUCAGCAAAUCGUCGGAUUACCUGCAGUUCUCAAUAUAAUCAAACAGAGGUCAGACGGGCUUUCUGGGCGUUGGGAAGGGAUCAUGAGAGAGAGCAUUGGAGAGCCACUGUGGUUUCAGGCAAUCCGAGGCUCCAGGCUCGCUUUCUCUGUGUGCAUAUUCAAUUAAAUGACCAUGGGUGUCGAUUAAGAACAGGGAUGUUUUAUACAAAGGGUCAGAAAAUAAUCACGUCAUCUAUCAGAUAACUGAAAAGUUGCAGACUUUGAAACGACGAACAAGCAAAACAAGUUAAAAUGUAUAAAGACCAAAAUAAAGAAAGCUUUGAAAUGAGUGUGUUCGAUGCAUGCAUGCAUAUGGACAAACACACGCGCGCACGCACACACACACACACACACAUCUCCGGAAAUAUAAUGUAGCUAUAUUUCGGGGGCUAAAGCCGUGCUGAAUGAGAAGGACAGGGGAAUGAAGCGAGAGACCACUUCAAACAAAUCCAUCUGGAAAAGUGUGUGUGAGAGAGAUUUAAUAAAAGUAUGGGGAAGUUAUUUAGCUAUUAAUAAAAAAAAUCCUCAGGCGUUGAGAGUAACUCCAUCUGCACUUUCUUGCAGAUAUUUUACUGGGUUGAAAUUGAGGGAGACCCAAAUGUUGGGCAGAGAUAACACACCCAUCAUAGCCCAGACCCUGCUCUGUGCUUCACUGCAUUAAACUCGGAUUAACCUCCCCGCAGCCCGCUUUCGCCACAUUUCACUGGAAUUUACAUUGGUAGAUUUCUUACACACAGAGGGCAAAAGCUGAAAACCCUGGCAACAGUUAAUUAUAUAAUCGAUUAAGAUAUUAUUGACAAUAAUAAUAUAAAAUAAUACGAAUAGCCUAAUAAUAUCCUAUUAUUAUUAUUAUUAUUAUUAUUAUUAUUAUUAUUAUUAUAUAUUCAUAAUAAUAUGUUCUGCUUCAAAACAAUAUAUUAAUUGCAAUUAAGAAAUCACAUUGAGCUAUUUAAAACCGUUUGUAAACAUUUUAAAUCAAUUAUAGCCUACAAAGACAAUAGGCUACCAAAUUCUGUCAAAUAAUGUAAAUUAGAGACUACUGUAAGCAUGCAUGGCUAUUUUAUGGAAACGGCCAGUCAAAAUCACGAUAAAGACCAUGUUGUAAUCCUGGAACCAAUCAAAUUACCCAAGCCGGUCAUAAUUAGAAUUCAAAUAGGUUUGUUAGAAAAGCUUUGUCUUGAUUUUGACAGGACACUGA